UAAACUUGUCAGCUCCGCUGUGUUCUGCUGUGCGGGAAGAAGUCUCCGCCUCGGUCCGUCAUUCCAGCUCCUUCCUCCCGGUGAAGAUGCGGAGGAAGCAGAAGCGGCUGCUGCAGGCCGCCGGGCUGCUGCUGGCGGCGCUGCUCUUCCUGCCGAACAUCGGCUCUCUCUACCGGGACCGGCUCUUCGACAGCCCGCCCGGCGCGGCGGACAGCCCGGCCGGCAUCGCUGCGCUGCAGGGGGUGAACAGGGUUGGGAAAGACGCCAAAGUGGGACGCCAUGGCGUGCAGCGGAAAGACUGGCAUGACUAUGAGACAAUCAGAAGAGACGCAGCAAGAUCUGGAAACGGUGAGCAGGGGAAGCCGUUCCCUCUGACCGAUGCUGACCGGGUGGACCAGGCCUACAGGGAGAACGGGUUCAACAUCUACGUCAGCGAUAGGAUCUCGCUGAAUCGCUCCGUCCCUGACAUACGCCAUCCCAACUGCAAACUGAAGCUGUACUCAGAGAAGCUUCCAAACACCAGCAUCAUCAUCCCGUUUCAUAAUGAGGGCUGGUCGUCGCUGCUGAGGACGGUUCACAGCGUGCUCAACCGCUCUCCUCCAGAGCUCAUCGCAGAAAUCAUCCUGGUCGACGACUUCAGCGACAAAGAGCACCUUAAAGUGGCGUUGGAGGAAUACAUGGUACGGCUGCCAAAGGUUCGCAUCCUGAGGACCAAGAAGAGGGAGGGGCUGAUCAGGACUCGGCUGCUGGGAGCCGCCGCCGCCGUAGGCGAGGUCAUCACCUUCCUGGACUCUCACUGUGAGGCUAAUGUCAACUGGCUGCCUCCUAUGCUUGACCGAAUCGCCCAGAACAGGAAGACCAUCGUUUGCCCGAUGAUCGACGUCAUUGACCACGACAACUUUGGCUAUGAAACGCAGGCGGGCGAUGCCAUGCGAGGGGCUUUCGACUGGGAAAUGUACUACAAACGGAUCCCCAUCCCUGCAGAGCUGCAGAAGGACGACCCCAGUGAGCCCUUUGAGUCUCCUGUGAUGGCGGGGGGGCUGUUUGCUGUGGACAGAAAGUGGUUCUGGGAGCUGGGGGGAUAUGACACUGGUCUGGAGAUCUGGGGAGGGGAGCAGUACGAGAUUUCCUUCAAGGUAUGGAUGUGUGGCGGUCGGAUGGAGGACAUCCCCUGCUCACGGGUGGGACACAUCUACAGGAAAUACGUCCCUUAUAAAGUUCCAGGGGGGGUCAGUUUGGCAAGGAACCUGAAGCGUGUAGCAGAGGUGUGGAUGGAUGAGUACGCCGAGUACAUCUACCAGCGGCGGCCCGAGUACCGCCACCUGUCAGCGGGAGACGUGACGUCGCAGAAGGAGCUACGCAGCAAACUCAACUGCAAGAAUUUUAAGUGGUUCAUGAGCGAGGUGGCCUGGGAUCUGCCUAAACAUUACCCGCCUGUGGAGCCCCCCGCUGCUGCAUGGGGGGAGGUCCGUAACGUCGGCAGCGGUUUGUGCUUGGAGAGCAAACACUUUGUGUCUGGAAGCCCCAUCCGUCUGGAGAGCUGCGUGAAGGGCCGGGUGGACGUUAGCUGGAGUCAUGGACAGGUGUUCACCUUUGGCUGGAGAGAAGACAUCAGGGUUGGUGACCCGAUGCACACCAAGAAAGUCUGCUUUGAUGCCGUUUCACACCACAGUCCUGUAACGCUGUACGACUGCCACGGCAUGAGGGGAAACCAGCUGUGGCGCUACAGGAAGGACAAAAGCCUCUAUCACCCCGUCAGCAACAGCUGCGUGGACAGCAACGCCAACGAGAGGCGGAUCUUCAUGAACACCUGCGACCCUUCGUCCUCCAGCCAGCAGUGGAUCUUUGAGAAAACUAACUCCACCGUUCUGGAGCAUUUUAACCGUGGGAUGAAGUGAGCGGCUCAGAGCGGAGAGUCCUGGAGCUGCUGGUGCUGCUGGUGCUGCUGGUGCUGCUGGUGUAACCGGGCCCCCCCUGUUUGCUUGGGGCGGAGCCUGUUUUUAUUGCAAAGUUAGGAGAACUAAAUCAAGAUGGUGAAUCCUGGAGGAAAGUUCAAGGAGAGACUGAAAUUGUUCUUGAUUGAUGGUUUAAGUGAUUUAAGGGGUUUUAGUUGUGCUUUGGCAGCGGGUCUGUCUAACUUCUGGUUUUGCUACUGAAUUAUCACCCCCCCCACACCCCCUCCAUGUUUCCCUGCUAGCUCUCACCGCGUCCCUCUGCCCUCACGUCCGUCUCUAUCUCCCUGCAUGGCUGCACCUUUGCCCCCCCUUUCCAUUCUCUUCCUUUUAAAU